UGCUCCCUUUUAUCGUUCUUAUCGCGGCGUCGAGCGGCGCGCCGAGUACCUUCGAAGCGCGAGGCGUGUUUAUUGCGAUAAACGACUAACUGAGCGAUAAGGGGGAGGCGGAUCUUCAUUAUCGUUAUCUGGACGAAACGACAUUCGUUCAUGGGAUUAAAGUUCUCCACCGCCGAUCGAAAGAAACAACUGUUCGUCUGGAGGAAGAAUGAAGAUUCGGCUGGCGGUGUAGGUAAGCGACGGGCGAAGGCGCUGGGCGGCGCUUCCGCUCUCCGAUAAUGACGAAACGUCUACUUCCGCUUCGGGAGGGCAGCGCCUUCCGAAAGUUCGGUUUUUCGAACGAGUGGACGUACGGUAAUACACGUAACUACGCGAAGCGACGUAAACUUUUUCUGUAUAUAACUUAACUCGAGCAAAAUGAAAAUCCUGGGGAUCGAGUUCGCCCCCUUUCUUAUUCCCAUAGAACGCCGGUUACAGACGGCGGCCGUCCUCUAUUAUUGUACCAGCUUCUUUUUCGUGGGAGUGGGCGGCAUCCUGUUGUGUCUGUACCUUUUUUUCUUCACCCAAUUUCACUUUGUGCCACUAUUGUACGCCGCUUGGGUCCUCUACGACAGAGACAUCUGCAACCGAGGGGGGAGGAAAUUCGACUGGGUGCGCAACUGGACCGUCUGGAAGUAUUUCAAGAGCUACUUUCCCAUCAAACUGGUAAAGACGGCCGAACUGAGCCCCGAAAAGAACUACAUCGUGGGCUACCACCCUCAUGGUAUCGUCUGCGCCGGAGCCUUCUGCAACUUCGCCACCGAAGCUAACGAUUUUUCACGUGUCUUUCCCGGAAUGAAGCCUCACUUAUUGACUCUCGAAGGACAGUUUUGGUUCCCGUUCCAUCGGGAACUCAUCUUGGCCACGGGUACGUGCGCGGCCACCAAAGAGGGCAUCGAAUGGCUUCUCACCAAAAAAGGAAAAGGACGGGCCUUGGUACUGGUCAUCGGAGGGGCAGCCGAAGCUCUGGACGCUCACCCGGGAACCGUCACCUUGACUUUGCGACGAAGAAAAGGAUUCGUCAAGAUGGCUCUAAGAUACGGGGCUUCGCUGGUUCCUUCUUUUUCGUUCGGAGAAAACGACAUCUUCAAACAAUUGGAAAACCCGGAUGGAUCCUUCCUCAGGAAGAUGCAGAACAGCCUGACCAAGAUCCUGGGAUUUUCGCCACCCCUAUUUUAUGGAAGAGGCGUAUUCCAAUACAAUAUGGGCUACAUGCCUUUCAGAAAGGAAAUCGUCACAGUCGUGGGAAAGCCUAUCGAAGUGGAGAAGACAGAGAAUCCGACCGACGAACAGAUCCAGAAGUUGCAUCAGGAUUACAUCGAGAGUCUGCAGCAACUGUUCGACGAGUACAAAGACAAAUAUGGGUACUCUGAAGGAAAACUGAUCAUCUCUUGAAGCUCUUCUUUUUCUUCCUUUCUGCCGUUUUCAUUCUCCCACCGCCCUUCUGUCUCCUAAACUGGAAGGACUCUCUGCCAAGGUUCCUUUCCCCAAGACAAUUGUACAUAAUUCCGAAGCUAUAUUUCUUGAGAGAUUAAAUAAAGCGUCGCAUUUUUCGAACACA